AUGCCCUCCAGGGCUGAUAUCACAUACUUCGGCGCCGGGCCGGCCUUGCUGCCCACCUCUGUCCUUGAAAAUGCCACACAAGCUCUCCUGAAUUACAAUGACACAGGACUAGGCAUUGCUGAACACUCACAUCGUUCUCAAUAUGCUGCCGAUAUUAUUAACCAAGCAAAGACCGAUCUAGCCAGCUACCUUGAUAUUCCCGAAGACUAUGAGAUCCUUUUCAUGCAGGGCGGCGGUAGCGGCGAAUUCUUACCGUCUACGAUCUUUGAGGAGGAGGCUAAUCAAGAAGAGCUCGUAUCAGCGCUCAAAAAAGCCAUUGAUGCUGAGCUAAAGCUAGACUACCUAGUAACGGGCGGAUGGUCGUUGAAAGCCUACCAAGAAGCCGGCCGUCUGCUAGGCCCAGAAUACACCAAUCUAGUUACCGAUUCCCGAACUGUGAACCAGGGGAAGUUUGGUAAGAUCCCAGAUGAGAGCACGUGGAAGCUUUCUAAAAAUGCUGCCAUGGUAUACUAUUGUGACAACGAGACCGUGGGUGGCGUUGAAUUCCCUAAGUUCCCCGAUACUCUAGGGCCCGACUCCAAUGGUGAAGGCCCCAUCGCCGUUGCGGAUAUGUCCUCAAACAUUCUGUCGAGAGGAAUCCCGGUCAAAAACUUUUCGGCCAUCUUCUUCGGCGCGCAAAAGAACCUUGGCUCGACGGGAGUUACCGUAGUCAUUAUCAAGAAGAGCUUGCUUCCUCCAGCAUGCCCACAGCCUUCAGCGGCGUUGAUGAGAAAACUUGGCCUUCCAGUUCCCCCGAUUAUAUUUUCUUACGAGACUAUUGCCAAGAACAACAGUUUGUACAACACACUCAGCAUUUUUGAUGUUUACAUUGCUGGCCAAGUACUCAAGAAGCUGCUCACAACGUUUCCGGAUAAGGUUGACGACCAACAAGCCGUUGCUAAUCAGAAGGCGGAAAUCAUCUACAAGGCCCUCGAGGCACACCCGAAUGUCUACAGGAUCGUCCCAGAUAAGUCGGUACGCUCUAGGAUGAAUAUUUGUUUCCGCGUGACUGUAAAUAAUGAUACAGAAGGCGCUGAAGCAAAGUUCCUAAAGGACGCAACCGCUCUUGGACUCACCGGUUUGAAGGGGCAUCGAAGUGUGGGAGGCAUUCGUGCUAGCAACUACAAUUCGAUCCCACUCGCCGGGGCCCAGAAGCUGGCAGAAUUUAUAAACAACUUUGCUCAAACCCAGGGUUAACAAUCCUAAGUAUAAAGAUACUGGUGCUAAUAAGUACGGUUUUGGUAACCGGUAAAACUAGCACGGAGAAGGACACCGGGGGAGCAUAGCGGAUAGUAGGACUCACUCGCUCCGACGUCAGCAUUUGUCUAGAUUACUGCGAAUUUGAGGUGUCGGUUGCUUUCACACAGCGUGGCAUGGUA